AUGUAUCUACAUUUUGCUAACUUAUCCCUGUUUCUCGUGGAGCAGGGAGAUGGCGACGUCGUUCCAGGGCUGGUGUCCCUCUGCGCAGCCUGGAUCGCAGCCAAUCAGCUGGAGCGCGAAGGGUACCAGGUGUCCUUCUCCUAUUCGGAGCUGUACGGCAGCAAGGUCUUCGACCUGCUGCAGCCCCAGCAGCUCGAGAUCAUGGAAGACUCUGAUCACGUUUUUCAGAUUCCUGGCCUGCAUGAGUGCGAGACGAGCGUUGAAUGUUUGGAUACCACCAGUUUUCUCAUUUCCUUUCGCUUGUCAACGUUGCAGGAGGAAUUCGGCUCACUGGAUUCGUUCCUCGCGGCGUUUUCAAGAGCCAAGGGAAGGCGACACCUCGCGGCGACGGAGGUCAACGCCGUAUCCAGCCGCUCGCACGCCAUUCUCCAGUUCAACGUAUGGCGGGACGACAACCCUGGCAUUGUCGGCCGUCUCAAGCUCGUGGAUUUGGCAGGUCGCGAGCAGAACAAGGAGACGGGCAACACAGGCCAGAGGAUGACAGAGAGUUGCGACAUCAACCUCUCGCUCUCGGCGCUCAGUCGCGUUAUAGAGCAACUCAACGACCCCGCUGCGAAGCACUUGUCGUACCGAGGCAGCAACCUCACCAAGGUCCUGCAGGACUCUCUUGGAGGCAGCAGCCGAGGAGUCAUGAUCGCUUGCCUGGCUCCGAAUGACGACAAGCUGGCGAUGGCGGUUCUGGAGGUGGCGGCGCAGUCUCGCCUGAUCCGCAACAACGUCGCCAAGACCGUGCUGCCCGCUACUCCGAAGCAGACCGUGGCGGACAGGCUCUCCCAGCUCUCCGCUUUCAAGGCCAAGAAGGCCGCCAGCAAAGCAAUCGUCCCCAGCAGCGCUGCCGGGCGGUCAAGUGCUCAAAAGGGCUACAUCCCGUAUCCUGCUCGAGUUCCACGGGAGGUAAAAGGGGGAUUGCUGGGUUCGUGCACGGGUCGGUGCAUUGCUGGGUUGCAACAAGUGGCUGGGGAGCUGCACCGCAUCCUCGACCCCACUCGCUUCAAGAGAAGCCCCAUCAGAGCGACCUCCGCUGCCAACUCCACGCCCAGCCUCAUCCCCCGGCCCCGAUCCUCACUGCUCACCCGCCGUCCCGGCGACUUCCUGAGAUAUGCUGCAGAGGCACUGGAGGAACCUGAUUCUGCAGCAGCGGCUGUGGCUGUGGCAGAGGCGGCAUCGGCAUCCGCGUCAGCGUCAGCAUCCGCGUCAGGGUCAGCGGGCGGUGGUGCAGAGAGAGGGGCGAGCGGCGGGGGUGGGAGGAGGAUGCGGAUAGCGGAGAAGAUGACGGCGAGCAUGGCGGCCAAGAUGGCCUCUGCAUCUGAGGCGCGGCAGGCCCUCGCGUUGAAGCGCAGCUUGGCCAAGCACCAGUCGCCCAAGAGGGCCGCCGCCGCCAGGCAGAGGGGGAUGGUCAAGCAGUCGGGAUCCGUCUCUCACGCGAAGCCUGCAGGGAAAGCGGCGGCGCAGCCUUCUGGGAAGGUUGUUGGGAAUGCUGCUGGGAAGGCUGGUGGGGAGGCUACUGAGAGGGCUGCCAGGAAUCCUAAGCGCCAGGGAUCGUCGGGGACGGCUGCGGCAGCGGAUGCUCUUGUUCAGUCUGCUGCAAAACGUGCAGCCGACGAGCUUCAGCGGCAGCGGUCGUGUGAUGGCGUCAUGGCUGCUGUGUCCGCUGCGGCAGCUGCAGCGAGCGUCGCGGCAGCAGCAGCGACGGCUGCAGGGAGUCCGCUUGCGCCGAAUGCGCAGCAGGCGUCCUUCCUCCUCAUGGACACCCUGCGCCAGCGUCGGGAUGGCGGGGUGCUAGCUGCAGGAGCGGGUGGUACGCCGGACGGGGUAGGCGCAGCAGAAGAGGACGGGGUUAGUGGUGAAAGUGGCGGAAUGGAGGAGAGUGAGCAGGGUUCGAUGGAGGAUGGGGAAGAAUUGUCCUUCGCGACUCCAGGAGGGAGGCUGAGUGAUGGCGAAGUGGUGGGCGAGAGUGAGGAUGAAGUGGAGGGAGAGGACGAAGGCACGAGUGAGUGGGAGGAGGGGGUGGCGCCGAGAAAGCUGUGGGAAUGCUACAGGGUCAACGCCGCUGCUGCCUCUGACACGUUUGAAGCAUCAACGUGCCAUGGCAGCUCGAAUGGCAGCACCACUGGCAGCAGCGCGGGGUCGGGAGAGGAGGCGAGCACUGCCGACCAGGACAGUGCUGAGAGCAAGGAGGAGGUGCGGACGGGACAGAUGGAGCUGAACGAGGUGGUAACGGAGGAGGAGGAAUGUCACGUGGCGGUUGAAGAAGAUGACUUGAGUGACCAGGAACGAGGUCAGGGGAUGGGGCAGGUGCAGGAGGAGGGAAGCGACGUGGUGGGCAUUGAGGGUUCGGGCAGUGGGGAUGCGGGCAGUGAGCAAGUGGAGGGCGGCGAGGAGGUUGAGGGCAGCGUGGGGGGUGAGGGUGAGUUGGAGGCUGGGGAGGGACUGGAGGGUGGAGAGCAGGCUGAGAUUGAAGAGGAAGUCGACGAAGGGUAUAUGGCGGAGACGGUAGGGAAAGAAGAGGAAGAAGUUUCAGGCAUGGCAGCAGGCGAAGGGGCUACAAGCGAUCCCACGUUGGAGGAAGAGGCGGUACAUGCGGAAGCUGCUACCCAUUCCAGGGCAGCAGAGUCCUCACCUGCAGCCUCGGAGCUGGAACGCAUUUCAAGUGUGUGGGCGAUGGAAGGAGAGGAUGAAUUGGGCGAGGGUGCUGGAUGCGGGGGUGUCGCAUUCUCUCUGGUUCCGGUGGCAGGGGAGAGCAUAGCGGAGGAGAGCGAGGAGGAGCAGGGGGGGGGGGCGCUGGAGAAGAACGUGCAGGAGCAGGGAGCGGAUGGGAUAGACCAGGUGCAGUAUGCACAGGAGCAGGGCCAUGGCUCAUUGCCCCUGCAGCCUUUGACUGUGCUCCGUGAGAAGACACCAUCGAGGCAGCCCCUCGGCACGGUAUCCACCAACAAAUCAUCACAGCGGCCUGCCUUCCCUAACGCCAUGGUAAGUGUUGUCUAUUCAAAGCCAUGCACUUCAGGGAGGACGCUCCAGCUCUAA